UCUCUUGGUGUGCGUGGGCGUGGCCGGGCGUGUGGGCGUGUUGGGUCUUGAGCUCCGCCCCCCUACCUAUGACCACCACCUCCCACCACGGGGGCCAGACGGCGGUCCGGUCAUCGUGGCUGUGUCUUUGAGGAUAAAUUCCUUCGCUGAGGUAGACGAAGUUAACAUGCGUGUGGUGUUCGACGUGUACCUCCGCAUGGAGUGGCUGGACCCCCGCCUGUUGAUGCCUUCUGACCUCUUCAACAACACCAAGCCCUACCUGACACUCUCGGGUGACAUCGCCCAUGACCUCCACCUCUGGCAACCUGACCCAUUCCUUGAAGAAUCCAUACGUGUGAGCACCGUUGGCUUCUUCAGACCUUACCACGGAGCUCGACUCUUCCGGGACGGCAGACUCCUCCUCUCUCAGAUGUUUCUCAUCACCAUGAAGUGUUCCAUGUACCACAACAAGUUCCCCUUCGAUGAACAGUCAUGCCAGUUCCUCAUCUCUAGCUAUUUUCACAGUGGGCAGGACAUGGUGUUCACGUGGAAGGGCCAAGGCAUCACAGCCAAUCCGCUCAUCCCGGACAUGCUCCCAAACUUUCACUUCACCUUCAAGCAGUACAACAUCACCGUGUGCAGGUGUAACACUUGUCUUAAUGUGGAGCGAGCGUGCUUGAAGGCUCAGAUGAAACUGGAGCGGCGCUACUUGAACUACCUGAUGGGCAGUUACUUGCCUGCAACAUUGUUCGUAGGCGUGUCGUGGGCGUCGUUCUUUUGGCCAGCCCAGGCCAUCCCCGCCCGCACCGUCCUCUGCAUCACCUCCCUCCUGUCUAUCAUCUCCCUCUAUGCCAACGUCCAGCAGAUCAUCCCUCCCACUAAUUACGUCAGAGCCAUCGACAUCUGGUUCAUUUUCUGCAUCUGUGCUGUCGCCUCCUCGCUCUUCGAGUACGCCAUCAUCCUCAUGAUACGAGAGAAGCGGACAACCGACUCCACGACCGUAGUCAAGGUAGUACCAUCAAUCGACAACACCAUCUCCAGCACAGGUCCAGCAUCCGGAAGGCCGACAGGCGUCGCCACGAACCUGAGAUGGAAGCGCCUCGAAAUAUUAGUGGAAAGAACAACUAAAAUCGUGUACGCCGUCAUCUUCGUCGUAUUCACAAUCGUCUACUUCAGCCUCCUCAUUAAAUAAAACACAGACUAGUGAGAGUAGUGGAAACCAAGGCAGUAGCUGAGACACUUCAUCCUGUUCUCACAUCAGAGCUUGAGAAUUUAGUCAGAAAUAUUAGUACAAAUUUUAACGGGAAAAUUUAUCCGGGAAAAUUCUCUCCAUUCUGGGUCUGUGAACGAGUUUUCGAGGUUGAGAAUCAGGUUUAUUUUCUGAGAAAAUUCCGAAAAAUCUCUUAAACAAUUUGUUUCCAGGUCUUAGAGCAAAUUCUAAGGUUAAAUAUCAUGCACAAUGUCUGAAGAUAAAAGAACUCGGAACUUUUGCCAGUAACCAGAAAAAUUAUAGGGAUGUGGGAUUUUUCAGGGUUUGAGAGUUUUCGUGUUAUAUGGAAAUUUCUCGUCCCCGGAAGAGCUCUGCACCAAUUAUUCAGGCUCACGGGGAUAUCACCUGUAUAUUGCACUUUGUAGAGGGUGAUUCUCUUAAGAACUUAAAAUGUAAUACAGUAAUGUAUAUCAUCAUACGAGCCCUGUUGUUUACCAUACUCAGGAUAAGCAAUGUUAGACAAAACAGUAAAUAAAAAAAUAAUUCUCUCCUACAGGAAGCAUUGUUCUGCACACCUGCAACUCUUAACUGCAUUGAGAUACUUUAGCAGUGACACCUUCCAAAUUAGUAUGGCAGACUGCUUGAAGAUUUCUGUCUCAUCAGUUUGCAACUAUUUUGACCCUUACGGCAAAUAUUACAUCCCCUUUCCAGAAUUAGGCAACAUACAAAACCUUGUACAGGUAGAUGAAUUUCACACCAUUGUAGGGAUGUCUGGUGUAUUUGGCUGCAUUGAUGGGUCUCAUAUCCCUAUUAGAUGCUCUGGAGGGAACACAAUUGAACUACGUCGAUGUAGAAAGGGGUGUAAUUGAUACAUAACUUUGAUUUGUAUUCUAUAGUUUGUUUGAAAGUUGAUC